AUGACUACCGCGCUGGAAGACAUCAAAGUUGUAGACUUGACCCGCACUUUGGCCGGCCCCUCCUGCACCCAGAUGCUGGGAGACAUGGGCGCCGACGUCAUCAAGAUAGAGGAGCCAAAUCUUGGUGACGAGACACGCUCCUGGACGCCUUUCUGGAACGAAGAAGGGACCCAGUUCCUGUCAUUCAACCGCAACAAGCGAAGCUUGAGCGUCAACCUGAAGGAAAAAGAGGCGGUAGACAUCGUCUUGGGAUUGGCCGCCAAGGCCGACGUGAUGGUCGAGAGUUUCCGGGCCGGGGCGUUGGACCGGAUGGGGCUGGGUUACGACGCGGUGCGAGCCGUAAACCCGGGAAUAAUCUACUGCUCCGUUUCGGGCUAUGGCCGCACCGGGCCGAUGGCCGACAAGCCGGGGUAUGAUUUGAUCAUCCAAGCCUACAGCGGCUUGAUGAACCUGACCGGAGAGCCGGACGGUCUGCCGUUGCGCGUCGGUUUCUCUCUCGUGGACCUGUUCACCGGAAUGAUGGCCUACGGCUCCAUACUGACCGCGCUGCACCACCGGCAAAAGACCGGGGAAGGGCAACGGAUCGAAGCGGCCCUGCUGGACGGCCAAGUCGCCACCAUGAGCUAUCAUGCCACUGGAUACUUGGCGACGGGCGUGGAACCGAAGCGGUUGGGGUCCGGGCAUCCCAGCCUCGUCCCAUACCAGAGUUUCCCGGCGUCCGACGGCUACUUCAUCCUUGGGUGCGCCAACCAAGGGUUGUGGGAACGGCUCUGCCGCGGUCUCGACCGUGCCGACUUGCUAGAAGACCCCAGGUUCAGCACCAACACCGACCGGGUGACGAACCGCGCCGAAUGCGUAGGUGUCCUGAGCGAGAUAUUCCAGACCGACACGGUGGCCCACUGGGUGGACGUCAUAUCCGAAGCCGGGGUGCCCUGCGGCCCCAUCAAUCGGGUGCCUCAAGUCAUUGAGGACGCGCAGGUCAACGCCCGCAACAUGAUUGUGGACAUGCCCCAUCCCAGGGUGCCCAACUUGAAGGUGCCCGGCUCUCCCCUCAAGCUCGCCGACACUCCUCCCAGCAUCCGGCGCCCACCACCCAUGUUGGGCCAGCAUAACGAAGAGAUUCUGGCUGAAUGCGGCUACGACAGGGAGCAAAUUGAAAAGUUGAGGCAAAAGGGAGUUAUCGGGGUUAGCGACAACGGGUCCUAA